AUCACUACUUAGUUAACCUUCACUGGCUACUGUGAUCUAGCACUAGCAGAGAAGUAUCAAGGCAAAUGCUGUUUUUAUGGUAGAGGUACGAACCUGGACCGGGACGUCCAGGGAUGGCUUCCAAAACUAAAUCAAGAGUUGUGGGGAGUGUUCCAGGAUGACUGCAGCGACCGUGGACGCAGCUCAGUGGGAGAGCCUUUAAGCCGCAGGGAAACCAGCAUCUGCCGAGACCUAGGAAGUGAGAGAGGGUGGUGGGGAUGGCUGCCAGCUGGGGGAGCAUCUUGCAGGAUGAGAAGCAGCUUGAAGAGUUGGCACAGCAGGCCAUAGACCGAGCCUUGGCUGAGGGCGUGUUGCUGAGGUCUGCACAGAAUCCCAGCUCCUCGGAUGUGGUGACCUACGCCCCGUUCACGCUCUUCCCCUCACUAGUGCCUAGUGCUCUGCUGGAGCAGGCCUAUGCUGUGCAGAUGGAUUUCAACAUGCUGGUGGAUGCUGUCAGCCAAAACCCGACCUUCCUGGAGCAAACUCUGUCUAGCACCAUCAAAAAGGAUGACUAUACGGCCCGUCUCUUUGAUAUCUACAAGCAAGUCCUGAAAGAGGGCAUUGCCCAGACUGUGUUCCUGGGCCUGAAUCGCUCAGAUUACAUGUUCCAGUGCAGCGCAGACGGUUCCACAGCCCUGAAACAGAUCGAAAUCAACACGAUCUCUGCCAGCUUUGCGGGCCUGGCCUCCCGAACUCCUGCUGUGCACCGACAUGUUCUCAACGUCCUGCAAAAGACCAAAGAAGCUGCCAAGAUCCUCUCCAAUAAUCCCAGCAAGGGACUAGCCCUGGGGAUCGCCAAAGCCUGGGAGCUCUAUGGCUCAGAUAAUGCUGUGGUGCUGCUGAUCGCGCAAGAGAAAGAAAGGAACAUAUUUGACCAGCGUGCCAUAGAGAAUGAGCUGCUGGACAGGAACAUCCAUGUAAUCCGACGAAGAUUUGAAGAUGUCUCUGAAAGGGGUUCCCUAGACCAAAACCGAAGGUUGUUUGUGGAUGGCCAGGAAGUUGCUGUGGUUUACUUCCGAGAUGGCUACAUGCCCAGUCAGUAUAAUCCACAGAACUGGGAAGCACGCCUACUGCUAGAGAGAUCAUGUGCUGCCAAGUGUCCAGACAUUGCCACACAGCUGGCUGGGACUAAGAAGGUGCAGCAGGAACUGAGCAGGGCGGGCCUGCUGGAAAUGCUGCUCCCAGGCCAGCCUGAGGCUGUGGCCCGCCUCCGGGCCACCUUUGCUGGCCUCUAUUCACUGGACAUGGGUGAAGAAGGGGACCGGGCCAUUGCUGAAGCCCUCGCUGCUCCUAGCCACUUUGUACUGAAGCCCCAGCGAGAGGGUGGAGGUAAUAACCUGUAUGGGGAAGAAAUGGUGCAAGCGCUGGAGCAGCUGAAGGACAGCGAGGAGAGGGCCUCCUACAUCCUCAUGGAGAAGAUUGAACCCGAGCCUUUUGGGAACUACCUGCUGCGGCCUGGCAGCCCUGCCCGAGUGGUCCAGUGCAUCUCAGAACUGGGGAUUUUUGGAGUCUAUGUCAGACAGGGAACAACACUUGUGAUGAACAAGCAUGUGGGGCAUCUGCUUCGAACCAAAGCCAUUGAGCAUGCAGACGGAGGUGUGGCAGCGGGAGUAGCAGUCCUGGACAACCCCUACCCUGUGUGAGGGCACGCCUGACUUCACUCAAGAGACCUUCUACCCUGUACUUGGCAUUCCUCUCCUAAUUCCUGAGGGGCUACUCCAGUCCCCACCUUAGGGAAGCUUGUCUCUUCCAUAGACCUCCAGGGUCUUCAGGGAAGGGAAAAUCCUGGGCACCUUCUCUCAGCCUUCCAUCUGAGGACAGAAAAGCUAUGAUUCCAUUAGAAGAGUGCUGGAGGUCCCCAGAUCUUGGAGUGUGGAGGAAGCUGCUCGAGGUAAAGGCCGUAGCCCUGCAGAUCUUCAUUACCCUCUCAUGAACCUUUCCGGGGGUUCUAGUGCCUGACUUGGGGUAGGACUAAGUGACAGGAGGAAGGGGCUAGAACAGCAUAGACUUUCCCCAGCUCUGCCCUCAAUAAAGCAACGAUGCUGAUUCAACAA